CUGAAUUGCCUACUUCCUCCAUUUUAGUAGGUCUGCUUUUAGAAGUCCUACACUGGAGGAAAAUUACACUGAAUAAUUUGGAAGGUCAACGCUUAUUAACUCCCAGGGGAAAUGAUGCCAUCACAGUCAUUUACACGCUCCUCCUCAGCACAUGAGCACUGUAUCAUAAACUGUAGGCAUUCUCUGGUUACACUCACAAAACAAAACCUUCCAGGACCUGAUUAUAAAGGGAAAAUGAUCCGGAGUUUGGGCAAACCGUCGGCUUGGCGCUGCCGUUCAGCUGUUGAAGUGAAAAGCAAAUUCGGGGCAGAGUUUAGGAGAUUUUCUCUGGAUCGCUAUGAGCCUGGCGUGUUUAAGGACUUUUGCCAGUUUAUCCUGAAGCUACACCACCUGUUUCCCGCAGAAAUUUACAUCAGCUAUGCAGAUGUACACGGAGACUUACUGCCGAUAAAUAAUGAUGAUAAUUUCUGUAAAGCAGUGUCUACUGCGCAGUCGCUACUGCGCGUCUUCAUCCAACUGCAAGAGGAAAUGGAUCAAGUUAACAUUUGUACCAACUGUGUGACCAGGAGAAAGAAGUCCACCAUAAUGGUACAUGGUGAUGCCAGCCAAAGAGGACACGUUCAGAUUGGCUUGCCCCAGAACUUCCGUCCAGUCUCCUCAAUAAUUGAUGUUGACAUCUUGCCUGAAUGCCACAGAAGGGUUCGUCUGUACCACCAGGGUUCAGACAGGCCUUUGGGUUUCUACAUCCGUGAUGGAAUCACAUUCAGUGUAACUCCUCAUGGACUUGAGAAAGUUCCAGGAAUCUUCAUCUCACGAUUGGUUCCUGGUGGAUUGGCUGAGAGCUGCGGUCUUUUGGCCAUUAAUGACCAGAUCCUGGAGGUCAAUGGUAUCGAGGUGAUAGGCAAGACCCUGGACCAGGUUACAGACAUGAUGAUUGCUAACAGCCGCAACCUAAUCAUUACUGUGAAACCAGCAAACCAGAGCAAACACAUAAAAAGUCCCGCCGUCUCCCCUAACCCAGAACUCCAGUUUGAUGGCAAAGGUUCUAUAAGCUACCCAGGACUUCCUAUGAUUAUGGGAGCCUAUGUUUGGACACAUAAUGACUCAGUGAGCGAUGAUGAUUCAGACAUGGUUGUAGAGAAACCUCUGAAACCUUCAGCCCACUUCUCCAGCACUACAGUAUCCUCCCCGUCUUUUCAAACUAGCAUUCACAAUCGCCACAGACAUAGUCGUCCCUAUUCUCAAGAAUCGUCCCGCUCCCAGCUCUACCUCAAUUACACAGCUCAUCCUGGGUUCAGCACUUCACUGCAGAGAGAAAUUAGCUCACAACAGAUUUAUAUGAGUAACCCAGCAUUCAGACAGAGCACAUCCAGCCCCUUUGACAUCUUGGGCUCAUUGAGCCCAGCUCUGCGGCAACGCCUCAUGAUACCUCAAGGAUCCAUGGAGGAGGAUGGAGUUGUUAUUACUCUAUGACACUAACUUUAUUUAAAUCUGUACUGCUAAGGCACGUUACGGGCACAACUUUUUCAACUGUACAGAAUAUAAACCACUGUAUGUGAUAUAAUAUUUAACAAAAGAUAUCACAUUCUAUUUUAAUUUCAAAGUAUAAUUGUAAAUAGCAAUAUACCUUCAUAUUAAUUAUUCCCAAUAAAUACUGUAUAUAUAAUAAUAGCCAGAAA